UUGAGCACAUCGAUAAUAAUUGAAAAUUUUGGAAGGAAAUAACAAGCCAUGGAUACUGGAGCUGCCAGUGGGUCGUCGUCAUCAAAAAUCAAUUGAACUUUAGUUGAGAAAGAACGAAGAAUGCGUUUGAGAAAUCUCUAUUCGCAGCUCUCUUCUCUCCUUCCUCCUCAACCAAGGAAGAUGUCGACUCACGAUGUGUUGGAGCAAGCCACCCUGUACAUAAACCAGCUGCGGAAACGAGUGGAAGAACUCAAGCAAAUGAAGUUGCAACUACAGGAGUGCAAAGGAGCAACUGAAACGACAAGCGGACCAACUAUAUCCCCAGUUAUAAAUAUAUCAGAUUUGGAUUCUACUCUGGAAGUAAAUUUAAUUACAGGGUGGGAUGGGAAGUUCAAAUUAAGCGACAUUAUAAAAGUUCUCAUGGAAGAAGGAGCAGAAGUUAAAACGGUUGCUGCAAACCAUAAUGCAGGAGACAGGACCAUCUAUUCAAUUUGUUGCCGGGCUAUUAAUUCUAGAAUUGGCAUUGCGACAUCAAGAGUGCAGGAGAGAUUGCAGGAUCUGAUUUCUUGAAGGUACUGCAAAUUAAAGAUGUUUGCAUGUAUGUAGCUUGCGGAAGAGCAUUUAGUUUUUAAAAGUUUAAGGUCAAAUUCUGGAUUUAGUUUCUGUAUCUUAUCAAAAAGUUGAAUUUAGUUCUUUUAUUAUAUA